GCACGCGCGCGGCCGCUGCCCAUUGACGUCAUCGAGGCGCGCCGCGGCGGGCAGAGCCAGGAAUGCAGCGGGCGGCGCUGAGGGCGGCCGGCGCGGCGCGGGUGGCCCCCCCGGCCCGGUUCUUCCGCCCCGCCCCCCCGGCGCUGGCGGCGGACAAGGAGGCGCUGCUGGAGCUGCGGCGGCGGACGGGGCUGUCCUUCGUGCAAUGCCGGGAGGGGCUGCUGCGCUGCGGGGGGGACCUGCGGCAGGCCGAGGCAUGGCUGCAGGAGGAGGCGCAGCGCCGGGGCUGGAGCAAGGCCGGGCAGGUCCGGGGCCGCCGCACGCCUGCUGGGCUGGUGGGGCUCCUGCGGGGGGGGCCGGCGGCCACCAUGGUGGAGGUGAACUGCGAGACGGAUUUCGUGGCCAGAAACGCCGAAUUCCAGCAGCUGGUGGAAGCGGCAGCGCUGGGCGCCAUGGCUCACUGCCGCGCCGCCCCUGCGCCCCCCGGGCCCUGCGCCACGCACCUGCUGGAGGCGGAGGAGCUGGCACAGCUCCGGACGGAGCCUGGCGGGGCUCUGCUCAGCGACCGCUUCGCCGUGGCCAUCGCGCCCCCCACCAAGGCUGGACCGCAAUUUUCAGGGAAACUGGGUGAAAACGUGGUGCUGCGGCGCGCGGCCUGGCUGCGGGUGCCGGAGGAGGACGGGUACAUCGCGGCCUACGCCCAUGGGGGGCUGCCGGUGGGGGAGGGCCCGGUGGCCAUGGGCACCUAUGGGGCACUGGUGGGCUGUGGAGUGGCCCAGCCGCGGCCCCCCGAGACUGAGCUGGAGGAGGUGGGGCGGAAAGUGGCACAGCACGUUGUGGGGCUGGCGCCUACCAGCCUGGGCACCCCCGAGGAGCUGCCCCACAGUGGGACCCAGGGGGAGGAGGAGGAGGAGGAAGAGACACGGCUGCUGGCCCAGAGGUUCCUGCUGGAGCCCAGCCUCACCGUGGGGCAGUUCCUGCAGGCGCGGGGGGCGCUGGCCGUGCGCGGCUUCCUGCGCUUCAGCUGUGGCGAGGAAGGGCCCGGCACCGCCGGCUAGAGCCCCACGGCCAGCCCAGCCCCACAGCCAGCCCCAUGGCACCAGCCCGGCCCCACGGCCCUGGGUCAGGAUCAGCCCCAGAUCCAGCUCAACCCUACACCUCUGGAUCAAGAUCUACCUCACAGAUCCAGAUCAGCCCCACACCCAGCUGAACCCCACAGGCCUGGGUCAGGUUCAUCCCUGCAGCCCAAGGUCAGGCCUAGCCCCACAUCCCCAAGUCCAGCUCAGCCCCACAGUUCUGGGCCAGGCUCAGAUCCAGCUCAGCCCCAAAGCUGUGGGUCAGGGCCAGCCCCACAGCCCUGGGUCGGGGGGGGGGGAGGGUGUGUGUGGGAACCCCGAGCCCCCUGGUGUC